AUGUCCCGGACGAUUCUGGCGUUUAUAGUGACCGCUUUAGUAGCGUCAGAACUGUUAAGUGAUCCCUAGAAGGGAACGUUCGUUCCGCGUUACCAAUGUCCGAGACGCUUUAGAAAUUUCGAAUAAGUCAUUUCUCGGAGGGAAAUUUUUCAAUUUUUCUGUCUAUUUGAAAAAAAAAACUAGGAAUUGUGUUUGUACGCAAAAAGUUCAGGAUUUGUACUUCUAAAAAAAAGUGCUAUCUUUUUUUUCCAGUUGAGUCAACCUUUUUGAAUUUUUACAUGUUUAGUUGAAUUUUUUUGUUUUGAAAUCGUUUUUUUGCUACUUUAUGAAUUGUUUUUUUGGCGGGAUUUUUUUAUUCUUUUUGGAGCAUAUUUAGUCGUAGAGUCGUCCUCCAAUAAUUUUUUCUCGCUUCAAUUUACUCGGUUUUUAUUUUCUGAAUUUCGAAAACUUUCCCAAAUUUUUUCUGGAUCCUAUGUAAAUCGCUAGUAGGUUUCAGAGCCUGUCAUGAACUGAAAAAUUUUCGUUUCGAGUAUUAUUUCGUCUCGAAACUAUUUCUGUUCGUGGGCAUGCGCCUUUAAUAAAACGCAAACUUUUUGGCUUACUAAAGGCGCAUGCCCACAAGCAGGCCGCGUGCUUCGAAAAGAAUCUUCUCGUGAUUCUGAAGCUCGGGUGAUAGAGCAAAAAUGACUAUAGUUUCAGUCACAAAAAUUACUGUAGUUUCAAUCAAAAACUUCCAUAGCCUUGAAGGAAAUCAGCCUAAAUUUUCCGUUUAAAGGCGCAUGGACAUAGAAAGGUUACGCGCAUCAGAGCGAAUGAUUCUGUAGACCGGAGAAAAAUAAAAAUCGUGAAAAGCGCGGAAUCGGCUAUAUAUGUAUUUUCUGCCCUUUUACAGUGCUGACUUGACCUCGUAUUUUGGUUGGUUUGCCCUCUGAAGCGUCGUCGUCGACGGCGAUGGCAGACAAACGCUCACGGAAACGACGCUCACAAGAGCCCUUGGCGGAUCACUCACGCUCACCAAACACUCAUCGGAAACCCUCCCGAAACACUCCCUCACUCACACAAGGCAGACGGAAAGAGACGGCAAAGCUCCCCGCCGCCGCCAACCAACCAACGAACCACUCGGAUCGACUCCCCCUCAAGAUCCCGUCUUUUUUGCCAUUUAUUGCCAAUUAUAAUGGGUAGUGAGAAGUAAGGCAGUUCUUCGGAUACCUAUAUUUCUCCUGGAACCCUUUUUAUCCCUUUUUUGUCCUUCUGGUUACCGAUUUUUAUUCUUAUUUAAAGGUUUGGAAAGAAUUUAGAAAGGUUUUUAGGUUGUAUUUUUCAGUCUUUUUCUUUAAAAAAAUCCUCAUUUUUUUGCCUUUUUUUCUAUAGUUUCUGAAUUUUAUUUAUUCUUAAUUUUGGCUGUGUUUUUUUAUUUCAUGAAAAAUAGUUUCGUUAAAAGAAAAGAGAAACUUUAUAUAGGCUUUGUGGUUCAAUUUCCGUAUUUUUUUGAGCUGUUCUGGACUUUUUUUACCCAUUCGGCGGAAUUUUAUAAGAUCUUUUCAGUUUUAUUUUUAUGACGAUUUUCUUGUCAUUUUUCGCAAUAUGUCGAUUUUUUCUUCACAACCAGCUUUUUAAUGAAAUUUUCAAUGAGUCAUGCACUUACUUUCAUCAAAAAACUUUCAAAAAGUAUAAAUUUUUAAGCUUUUUUACUUCGGAUUCCUGUAUUUUUGAGCUUUUCGGACUGUUUUCCUUUCACUUUUUCUCAUGGAAACUGUGUUCGUUCAGUUUCGAGCACUCACUAGUUUUAAGGUCUCGUCAUUGCCUCGAUUCGUCAUUUUUCUCCCUGUUUUUCCGGGUUUCAGUUUCUUUUUAUCGUUCUGGAAUCACAUCGUCAUCAAACUUCUCAUCAUUUUUUUCUUUUUUCAUUAAAUUCGGAAAUCGACCCCGAUUUUUGUCAUUUUCCAUACUCUUUCUUCCAACUUGAAAGCUUUUGUUUCAACUGAAAGUUUCCAUUUCAAACGAUCUUCCUCUUGAGAAAUUUUGUGAGAAGAACGGUCAUUGAUAACUCUCUUUUUUAGGUUACCGAGUGGGUCUUAUCAAAAAAUGUUUCACUUUCGCCUGUUCUUUCCAUCUCUCCUGUCUAAAAUUUUCAAGUUGAAAUUUAGUUUUUCUUUUCUCAAUUUUUCUUCUUUUUCAAGGUUGAUAUAGAAGUUUCCCAACAAUUUCUUGAAAAGAUGAAUUAUCAAGAAUUUCCGCCGUUCAGAACUUUCUUUUUGUAUUUCUCUCGUUCCAAAAUGGUGAAGCAGUUUAUUCGCUGGUACUACCAACGAGCCCACAUUAUUCCCCAAGGCGGUCACGCCGGGACUUAUCGGACAACGGUUGUGGACCGAAACCCGCACCGACGACUAACUCUUCGAUUAUACCAUGAUUCAGCAAAGAUUUUCUUCAUCUUACUCUGAAGACUGAAUAAAUGAAUUGAAUUGAAUUGAAAAGGUGCGCUAGAACGGUAAAAUACAUAUUAUUUUCCGUCGUUCAGAACUUUCUUGGAGUUUGUAUUUCGAUUAUCAUGUCUUGAAAUUGAGUUUUUUCGAUUUUUUUCAUCAUGAAUUCAUCUGAAAAAUUUUUUUUUUUCCUUUUUUCCACUAGUCUAUUCAUUAGAACCUUUUAAAGAGAGUAUUCUUGUAGGUCGAACUGGAAAAAAAAAUUAAUCAAUGUUUGAGUUUUUCCUACUUGAACUUUCCACAGCUUCUUUUUCUCAUUUUUUUUUCCUCCAUUUUGGUUUCUUCCACAAUUUUUCAAUUUGCUGUAAAUUUUUUUCUUGAUAUUGCUAGAAUUUGUAUCCAUUUUUCCGUUCUUCGCUUCGUUUUACAAUUUUUAAACCACUAAAAUUUCAAAAUUUGAAUUUUCCAGGCGCUGGUGCCGCUCGUCGAUGGAUCCGUUGUCCGCGCGAGUCCUGGCCGCCGCCGUAGCCUCGUCGUCGACCGCGCCGCAAGCCGCGCCGCCCCAAUCCACACAGUCGGCGACCGCAACGCAACCGCCGACGCAGCCCGCAGGACAGCAGUCGACCACCGGCCUAUUGCUGCAGCAGAUCCAGCCUGGAGCUGCUCCAGCCUCCGGCCGCGGUGUCUCCUUCUCCAGCCAACUCGCCCAGAUCGCCGUCAACGUUCCGGUGGCGGCGGCUGCUGCGGCCGCUGCAGCCGCUUACGCCGCCACUACGGGCAACCUGCCUCCCUACAUGCCCUACGACAUGAACGGAUCCUUCACGACGCCGACCUACAUCAUGGCCCCCAGCAGUGUCUACACUCAUUGUGUUAAUGCUCAGGUACGCCUUCUGGGGUAUCUUUCAGACCUCAUAAAACAAUGUUUCCAGACGCCGACCGCCGCCCUGUGCUCCUGCGGACUCCCCCAGGCCCUCAACCAAACGUGUUCCCUCCACGCGACGACCCAGCAAGUGCUGGCCAACCACCAGCAGCAGAUGAACACCUUCUCCAACGGCCACCAGAACUUCCAGAUGGCCCGCCUCACCCAGCAGAUCACCCUCCAGAUGCAUCUCAACCAUCUCGUCCAACAGCAGAAUUUGCCCAUGCCGUCGUCACAGCCCCAGCCUUUCACGUCUCAGCCCCAAGCCACUCAACAAAUCGUUAACGCCAAUUGUCAUGCCCCCGAGACGCCCGCCCGGCCUUCCACCGAAAAUCCUCUCCUACAGGUUCAACUCCUUUACUUCACCUUUUUAUUGAUGGCACUUUUUGAGAGACGUUUUUUCAGGGCUCUAGGUGUCUCAUGUUAGAUCCGAAUGCUAAUCAGAAGGGUUAGGAAUGUCUGGAAUCUUUUUUUUGAUCAUAUUUUAGCUUAAGGUGUCGAUUUUAGCUCCAAAUAAGGUUCAAUAAGGCUAAGAAUGUUUGGAGUUUAUAUCAUUUGUUCAAGGAAUUUUUCAAAGCUUUAAAUGUGACUGAUUAAGGUUGAGAAAAAUAUGUUUUUCAAGAUUUUUCGUUGUUUGAUCAAAAUUCAGCUUCAGGUACCUCAUUUUAGUUCCAAAUUCAGUAACGAUGAGAAAUAUGAAGAAAAUUGAGCUUUAAGUACCUUAAUUAUGCUCAAAAGGCGCUUUAGUAUGGUUGAGAGAAAUGUAAGUCUUAAAUAAUUUUUUUUUUCAUUUCCUGAAAAUUGAGCAUAAGGAAUUAAGGUACCUUAUUUUUUUGCUCAAAAGGCGGGUUAGUAAGGUUAAGAAUUUUUCAAAAAUCUGUUUUGAGAUAAUGAAUGAAGUUAAGGGACCUUAUUUUAGCUUUAAAUCCGGAUUAAACGUGAAAUCAAGAAUUGUCAAAAGCUUUCAUCUCUAAUCGAUAAAAAUUGAUCUUUUUACUCAGAAGAUAAAUUUUUGGAUUAAUCCAAAUAUAUUAUGAGGGCUACUGAUAUUUUAAUGAGAAUUUCUACGAUUUACUGGAAUUUUUGAGGAUUUUUGAUUUCACUGACCAGGAAACAUUUUUUUUCUUGCAAUAGAUCUUGUUUCCGAGUUGAGAAGCUUCCAAGUCCGCAAAAUAAGCAAAUUAGGCCAAAAGAGCAAAAAAAAAACUCUUUUUCUGGAUGAUAUUUUCGAUCUUUCAGCACCUGCAAAGCUGGCGAAAUGGCGCGUUGUCGUAUUCAACUUCCCGGCUCCAAGAACAGGUCGACUUCCUCCAGACGCAGAACCAACAGCCGAUGAUGCAGCCGACCGCCGCCCAGCCGAGUAUUUCCACCGGCGGCAGUGGUCGUGGCCGGACCGAGAUCUUGAGAGAUUUGGAGGUCCGUUUUUCAAGUUUUUCCGUUCUCCGUCAUCUUCUAAAUCAUUUGAAAUGGCGCCCGGAGCGUUUUGAAACGUUGAAAAAAAGGAAAAAUUAGCCGAUAUUUCGAUUGAAUUUUGAGGAACGAACAAGUUCAUUUUUCAAUUUUUUUUUUUUCUCAUGUCGCAGAACUUCUAGUGUCCACUUUCGUAGCGUCAAAACUCUUGAGUGACCCCUAGAAUGGCUCAAAAACGUCCGGAGCGUCUUGCGCUGUAGAUUAUAAAGACAAUAUUCAAAUGUUUUGACUUUCGGAAAACUAUUAGAAUCUUUCAUAGUCUGAUUUUUGUCACACACGCUCUGAAAAACGCCUUCAAUGAAUUUUUAAGGCUUUUCUUCACUUUGACCAGAAAAAUGACGAAAAAUCUUUCUUCCAGGCGGCUCGACAGCAAACGAGCAUCGGCUCGUCGUCGCUGCGGACCUUUGCGCGACUGAAGAGAACAAUCGCGCGAGUCGAAGAGCGACAACGACAGAUGGACGAGUCUGACGCGCCGCCUGAACUCGAACGACAAGAGCCGACGUCAUCGACGAGUCCCCGGAACGACGAACCGCGACCCCCCAAGCUUCGCCGAGUCGGAUCCGCGACGCUACAGCCGGAACGGCUCCCCGAACCUCCCCUCCCUUCGACGUCGACGACGAAUUCCUCCUCUGCCUCGUCGUCGCAACACGUCACCGGCCUGGUCCCGUCCGGAAACUGCCAGUACUGCCACGCGGUCACGGGCAAUCAGUCGCAGCCGUCGCAAGCCUCCUCGAGUCUCCUCCCGCCGCCCUGCGGAUGUCCCACGGCCCAUUGUCAGCACACAGCCGCCGCGAUCGCUGUGGCCGCCGCCGCCGCUGGACCCUUUACCUUGAGCUCUCCGGCUCAUUCCAACCUCUUCCAGCAAAGGUGAGCGUCUUCGGAGGGGCUUUCCACAGUGUCUUCACCUUCAUGCUUUCUUCAAAUAGGAUUUUGACGUCUUUUUUUGAUUAAAUGAUACCGUAUAGUAUAGUCUGUGUGCCAAGACUUGAAAUUUCACGGAACGACAUUCCGUUGUUCCGCUGCGUGCGUUCGCGAAGCGUCUUUCGAACAUAGGUCACGCUUCCAAUUUAUUAUUAUUGCUGCGGGAGCACAUGAAAGUAGAGUACCUUGAUAAAGAAAAAAAAAAUUAAAAGCGCGAACAAGGUUCGCAAAGGCGCGCAGCGGAACAGCGGAAUGUCGUUCCGUGAAAUUCCAAGUCGUGGUAAACAGGCUAUACAAAAACUUUGAAUUUCUGGAGCCGUGAAAAAGUUCCCUACAAAGAGAUGGCGUCUUUGCGCGAAAUUCAAUAAUUGGAAUUAUUCGAGCAGUUUUAAGCAAAUAUUUGGUUUGCAGGUGUAAAAUCCUUCAUUCUGUUGUAGAACCCGAUUUUUUUUAUAAAAAGUAUUCAGAGUGCCACUACAGCGUACUUUGCGUUAUUCGAAACGAAAUAGGACGCAAUUUUUGGAAUCUCUAAAAGUUUAAACCGGGCAUCAGCGUUUGAACCUUCGAAAGUUUGCUCCACCGAAAUUGAAAAGCAAAUGAUACUCCUUAUUGUACUAAAUAUAUGCACAAAAAGACUCUCUUGCUGAUUUCUGAGAAGACUGUCUUAAAAAAAUUCAGGAAUUUCGAGAUUUUAGGCCUUAGAAAAGCAGCAGUUCCAGACUUAAAAAAGGACAAAUUUGACUAGAAUUUUGAAAAAAAAACGCUUCAUUUUUGACUUUUUUUUCCGUGUUCGAAACGAUUUUGAGACUUUGGAAGAGUUUAUAAUAAAAAAAUGAUACCCCCCUAAUACAAGAAAAAAAGCUCAAAAAGGAAGAAAAAAAUUUCUCUUGGUUUUCUCGAAAAAAACUUGAUUUUUUUAAAAAAGAAAAGGCCUGAUUUCUCGAUUUUCAGCUCGGGCAGUAACAUCCAAAUCCCGACGCCGAUCCACCCGUCGAGUUUCGGACCGACGCCUUAUCAGCUCCGGAUGUACCAAGAGGGCCUCAUCGCAGGCCAUCAGCACGGGCUGCAGAACCGACGACAGAACGCCCUCACCGCCAGCGCCUUGAACCGUCUCGGGAGCGUUUUCGUCGUCCCCGGCGGCCCGAACUUCCCCCACACCGCCUACAAUGCCACGGUUUGCAUUGGCAGUCUUGAGAACUUGAUUCAUGAUUUUGUCAAGAAAAAAGAUUGGAAGCUGAUUUCAGGACUUUUUGAAUACUGGAAGAAAAAAAACGGGAAAGUGUGAAGGGCCCUCAGGAUCCAUAAAGGCUGCUGAAAGGCUCCAUAAAAAUGUUCCUUUUAGGAUGAUGAAAACUCUCUCUUUGCUGCCUUUUUGCACCAUUUUUGCUCCCCUCCCUUUUUCCACCAUUCCUUGAGCCUUUAAAAUCCCAGAAAAAUGGAAGGCUCGAUCCUCGAUCAUAGGAAAAGUCGGAAGGACCCUCCGAAGGUCCAUAAAGGUCCAUAUCCAUAUAACCGUUCCUUUUAGGGUGAUGAAGGCUCUUUUUUUGCUGCCGCUAUUUUCUCAGCCCAUGUGCACCGUUUUUGCUGCCUCUCUCUUUCUCCACCAUUCCUUGAACCUUUAAAAUCCCAGAAAAAAUCAAAGACUCGAUAAAGGGACUCUCUUCGCUCCCUUUUUGCUGCCUUUUUGCGACCUUUCUGCGGCCUUUUUUGAGCCUCUCCCUUUGAGCGGCCCCCAUUCGGACUUUGCCCGAGGGUAAAGAAAAAAAAUACCCAAGUUCAUAAAUUUUUUGCACCAGCUUCGAAAAUUUUAUUAAAACCAUUGAAAAAAGUGUAAAGAUCUGGAAAAAGAUGGGAAAAAUCUUAAUUCCUUCAUAAAGAAUAUUUUUUUGGAUUGUAGUCUUUUUUCUCAAUAUCAAGCUUUGAAAAAUUGUCUUGAAUCUAUAAUUACAAGAAAAAAAUGGCUUUCAAAAAUUUUCUCAGGAAGCUUUGAGAGAACUUUUCAAUGUGAAAGCUUUAAAAUGGAAAUUCUAUUUUUUUAAUUUUCGGUAAAACCUGUUUUUUUAACGUUCCAAGCCCUUUCGCCGUCCGAAAAUUUUGAAAAAAAGUCAAAUAUUCAUCAAAAAAAGUUAGAGAACAGUAUUGAAAAAAAUUUUAAUAAUCAAAGUUGAAAAAAAGAAAUUAAAAAAAUGUCAAAUGUCAUUACAUCCUUUCAAUCCUUUUAAAAAGUAAUCAGUACUUCCCGAAAAAAUCGUCUUUUCCAAACCCAGCUCAAAUUAAGAAGUAUCCGAGAAGUUCUGAAGAGACUUGGAAAGAAACGCUGAAGACAAUUGAAAAAAACGGGAAAAGGAACAUUGAAUAUUUGCAGAAUGGCCGCGUAAUGGAGCUGAACAUGAUGGUGAACGUGAUCCCGACGGAGCUGCUCAACGUGCUCGACCGGCCGACCCUCGACCGUCACCAUAUGUUCAUCGCUCCCGUAACGGAGCCCCAACCCGUCGGCGCCAGUCCUCAAGACAUCGAGAAGUGCACCGCCAAAAUUCCUUUCGUCAAGGAUAUUGAGGUAACAAGACCAGUCAUUCAUUCUGGAAAAGACUGUCGCUAUGGUAUCUUUUUUAAAGUGGCCAUUUUCAGGAAAUUUUGAAGUUUUUUAGUUCUAAAUUGGUUCAAUGUGGGAUUGAACGAAUUGGGGCCAAAACGCAUCGCGACCGCUUCGCAUGCAAAUGCCGCAACGUGAAAAAUGAUUAAAUCUGAUUUUUAAAACUUUAUUUGAAAGUUUUUUUGAUAUGAUGGGCAAAAAAACGACCUCAAAAAGACAUCAAUAGAUCUUUUUAAGCGGUUUUUUUCUCAAAUCCAACUUUUUUUGUUAUUUUUUUCGAAUUUUUGCCUGAUUUUUUUAAAUAUUUUAGUAGCCUUGGCUUCCAGGCGUUUAAAUAACAACCAUUUUUAAGAAUUUUUUUGUAGAAAAAUUGGAGUUUAAAAGGUUCAAAAAACCUACUUUGCUGAGAAAAAUUUUCAGUGGCCACUAUAGGGUUUUGAUCUUUUGGUGGCCACUAUAGUAGUCAAAUUAGUAGCCACUGUAGAGGUCUAAGUGCUACUACUAGCCCACGAAAACUUUUGGGGGUCACUUUAGGGGUUAAUGGAUCAACAUAACUAGAUAGACAGAGACCGGCUAAAUAGGAACUUCUAUAGUGGCCACAAAAACGGAAAAUAGUGGCUACUUUAGUGUCCUCUCCAAGUAGCCCUUGUCGAACCUCUAAAGUGGCAACUAAAAACUUUGCCAGUGUAACACUUCAAAAAAAUAUUCUCCCAAAGAACUUCCUGAUCAUUCUUGAGAGAGAUCAACAAAAAAUUCUAAAAUUCUACAGGCGCCAGCCGAGGAGACGGAACGUUGCACGGUCUGCCUGUGCGACUUCGAGACGGGUGACGAAGUAAGGUCGCUCCGCUGCACACACAUCUUCCACCCGGACUGCAUCGACAAGUGGCUCGUCUACAACAAGAAGUGUCCCGUGUGUCGGCUCGACGUCGACAAACCCCUCGUCGUCGCCGAAGCCGUCGCCAUCGGAACCAUCAACUCCACCACCGCCAUCGCUCCUUGA